GAUUGUCUUCUCCGUUGGAAAUCGCAUCCUUAAAGAGCAGCCAUCUCCGUCGUCGUCGGUGACGAAAGCCACCGCGUAAUCGGUAAAAACGUCUCCGAAGUAAGAUACUGAGUAGAAAAACCACUGAUCUCGUAUUGAUAAUUUCAAGUCUUGUGAAAGAAAUGGGACUGUUAAGCAUAAUCAGGAAGAUCAAGAAGAAAGAGAAGGAGAUGCGUAUUCUUAUGGUUGGACUUGAUAACUCUGGGAAGACGACGAUUGUACUGAAAAUAAACGGAGAAGACACAAGUGUGAUUAGUCCAACUCUUGGAUUCAACAUCAAAACCAUUGUUUACCAAAAGUAUACGCUUAAUAUAUGGGAUGUUGGUGGGCAAAAGACUAUAAGAUCGUAUUGGAGGAACUACUUUGAGCAGACUGAUGGGUUGGUUUGGGUGGUUGAUAGUUCUGAUCUUAGGAGGUUAGAUGAUUGUAAGAUGGAACUUGACAAUCUCUUGAAGGAAGAGAGGCUAGCUGGGUCAUCUUUGCUGAUACUAGCAAAUAAGCAGGAUAUUCAAGGUGCACUUACUCCUGAUGAAAUUGGCAAAGUGCUAAACUUGGAGUCCAUGGAUAAAAGCCGGCACUGGAAAAUCGUGGGUUGCAGCGCAUACACGGGUGAAGGUUUGUUGGAGGGUUUCGAUUGGUUGGUUCAAGACAUUGCCUCCAGGAUUUACAUGCUUGACUAAUCUCUUUGUUCUUCAACUAGUGCAUUGCACAAUGGCAUGCUCUACUAGACCAUUUGUUGUAUGCUGUUCAAGUUAUUUCAUUUUGGCAUGUAAGCUUUCUUUCAGUCCUAUUGUAACAAUGAUUCAACAAACAUACAAUCUAAAAGUGUCGAAGACAAACUCUUCUCAUUUUGUUUAA